GAGGACAGCUGGCGCACAACGCACACAACGCGCACACACCAAGCGCACACACCACACCAAGCGCACAUCAUGGACGAGAUUGACGCGCGUGGUGUGUCGGCGGGGUUCCUGCGCCGGUUCCUGGAGGAGGUCAAGGCAAGUGACCCAGAGCAUUAUGCAGCAUUGACCACGAAGGACGUGUGCGACAAGAUUGUGGUGCCGCACACGAGCGAUGAGCGUGCGAUCGAAGAUGUGGGGCACGCGUGCGCGUACGUGGAUUUGCUGGCAGCACGCACGCCGCAGGACGUGGCGGCAGCAACCGUGUUUGUCUCGCACGCGUGGCGCUACAAGCUUGUGGAUGUGCUCACCACACUGCUCGAGUUUGCUGACGAAAACAACAGCGAAGAAGAUUGCCCCGUCUUCUUUUGGUUUGAUCUUUUUAUCAACAACCAACAUGAGGACGUCACUGCCAACCUUCCCCAAGAGUGGUGGAGCACGACAUUCAAGGAGUCGAUUGCACGGAUCGGCAAGGUGGUGCUGGUGCUGACACCUUGGGACGACCCCGUGCCACUGACGCGGGCGUGGUGCCUGUGGGAAAUCUUCUGCAGCAUCAGCCACGGCGAGGACGUCACGCUCAGCAUCCGCCUACCAACCACGCAGCGCGCCGCCCUGCGAGAGGCGCUGCUGGAGAGCCACGACGCCGUGACAGACACGCUCGUGCGCGUGCAGGCCGAGCGGGCAGAGGCGUGGAAUCCAAAGGACAAGGAGAUGAUCUUCAAGGCGAUUGAGGAGAGUGUCGGCUUUGGGCAGCUGAACCGUGCCGUGAAAGACCAGAUGCGCAGCUGGUGCCUGCGGCAGGUGGUGCAGUUUGUGGAGGACAUGGAGGCGCAGGGCCAGGACCGCACAGAGGCGUUCUCCUCGCUGGCAUACCAGGCCGCAGUCGCCAUGCGCCAGUUUGGCGACCACGCGCGCGCAGCCAACUUCCUCGGCAAGUGCCUGCGCAUUGAGCUUGAGGUGCACGGUCCCCAGCACACCAACGUCGCCGUCACAUACGGGCUUCUCGGCCUCCUGCACGAGGACCUGGGCAAGUACGACCGCGCCGUGCAGCUGCUCGAGUCGUCGCUGGCCAUCCACGUCGACACGGCGGGGCCAGACCACCCGCACGCGGCGUCCGCAUACAGCAACUUGGCCGGGGUGCUGAACAAGCUGGGCGAGUACGACCGCGCCGUCGACCUGUACCAGCACAGCCUCGCCAUCAACCGCAGGGUGCACGGGGAGGAGCACCCGGACACGGCAGGCACGUACAGCAACCUGGGCCUGGUGUACGACAACAAAGGCGACUACGACUGCGCCAUUGAGUGCUACGAGCACAGCCUGCGCAUCAAGCGCGCCACGCUGGGCGCCAAGCACCCGUCGACGGCAACCACGCUGGGCAACCUCGGCCAGGUGUUCGAGGGCGCGGGCCAGUUUGACAGGGCCAUUGAGCUGUACACACAGAGCCUGGACAUCAAGCUGGAGACGUUGGGCGAGGACCACCCGUCGACGGCAACCGCGCUGUCCUCGCUCGGCAGCGCCUACGACAGCGCGGGGCAGCACGACCGCUCCGUGGAAUGCUACACGCGCUGCCUGGAGGUGUCGCUGGAGGCGCUUGGGCCCAUGCACCCGGACACGGCGCUGACGUACGGCAGCCUUGGCAGCGUGUACCACAGCAAAGGCGACUACCCGCGCGCCCUGGAGUGCGGUGAGAAGUGCCUGGCCAUCUUGCGCGACACGCUCGGGGAGCAGCACCCGACGACAGCAGCGGCCAUGGAGAACCUGGGCCACCUGCACCACACGCUCGGCGACGCCAGCGCGGCAGCAGACCUGUUCCAGCAGUGCCUGCGGAUUCGGCUGCAGGCGCUCGGGCCAAAGCACCCGUCCACGGGCACGGCGCACAAGAACCUGGGGCUGCUGCACCACGCGCGCGAGCAGCACCCGCUGGCCAUUGCCAGCUACACGGAGUGUCUCGGCGUGUACAGGGAGGCGCUUGGCGAGAACCACCCGACCACGGCAUCCGUGUACCGUUCGCUGGGGGACGUACACGAGGACAUGGAGGACUAUGGCGCUGCGAUUGAGUGCUUCGACAAGUGCCUGCGCAUCUUGCUGGCCACGCUGGGCCGGAACCACACGUUUACCGCCGCUACGUACGCGUGCUUGGGCCGCGCGCACCAGAGCAACAGCGAGCACGCGGCGGCGGUGGAGUGCAUGGAGCAGGGGCUGGCCAUCUGCUUGGAGACGGUGGGCGAGAAGCACCCAGCAACGGCGUCUGCGUACCACACCCUGGGGCGCGUGCAUGAUGACCAGGGCCGCCACGACCAGGCCAUCGCGUGCUUCGAGAAGGACCUGCAGAUAUCCAUCGACACCCUUGGGGAGGACCACCCAGAGACAGCGACCACCUUGCAUGCGCUUGCCUGUGUGUAUGACAGCAAGGGCGACUAUGCUCGCGCUGCCCACUAUGCAGAACGGAGCCUGCAGAUCAAACGCAGUGCAUUUGGAGAGGAGCAUCUCACCACGAGCGCGUCGUACUGCCGGCUCGGGAAGAUCUACGACAGCCUCGGGCGGUAUGAGGACGCGUUGGCGUGCCUGGAGAAGGACCUCAAGGCAUCCCGCACCGUAUUUGGUGAUGAUCACACGAACACCGCCGCCACGUUGCUUCGCAUCGGUCGGGUGUGCACGCACACGGGAGACUACGACCGUGCCACGUCGUGCCUGCAGCAAAACCUGGCCAUUUGCCUCAAGGAGCGGGGAAACCACCACGCCGAUACAGCGGAGGCGUACCUUCGUCUUGGCGAGGCGCAGCACGGCCGCGGUGACCUGGACGAUGCCCUCAGCACCCUGACCAGCGCGCUGGAGGCCUGCCAGGACAAGACGAAGAAGGGUGGUGAGGAUGACGAGGGUGGUGAGAUGAAGGGUUGCGAUGAAGGUAAAGAUGGUGAUAAGAAGCGUGGCAGUGAGGGCGGUGAGGGUGGUGAAGGUGGUGAGGGUGAGGAUAACAGCAGCGACAAGGGGAAGGGCGAGGAGGAAGAUGGGCACAGCAGCAGCAGCAGCGGUGAAGAAGACGAAGCCACAACAGCGGCCAACAAUGGGUAUGCAGACGAUGGGCAGCGACAACUCGUUGCAUCGGUGCACAAUGCCCUGGGUGCUCUCCACCAUCGCAUGGGCGACUUGGACGCGGCACUGGAGCACCUGGAGACGGCCGAGCAGCUGUACGCGGGAGCGAGUAAGCCACAGCAGCCAGCACCCGCCGCUGUUGCUGAGGCGUGCGCCAACUUGGGCCGCCUGCACCUCGCGCUUGGAGAUGCCGACCGCGCCCUCGACUACCACACGAGGGCGCUGCAGAUGUGCGCCGAGGCGCUGCCUGAAGGACAUCCCUCCAUUGCUCCCGUGCACAGCGGGCUGGCUCAGGUGCACCAUCAUCGGAGCGACCCCGCGCCGGCCGCUGAACACGAACAGCAAGCGGUGGCCAUUCUCACCGCCGCGUUUGGGCCAGAUCAUGCGCGCACCAAGGCGGCGCAAGUGCAAGUGCAACACGCCGACACAGACGACAAGCACAGCGGUGCUGCCUUGGACCCGAGUGUACACGCGAGGAUGACCGGCUGGCUGCGGAAGCGCGGGCAGUGGAACAAGGCGUUUCGUGCGCGCCAUUUUUGGCUCACGGACGCGGCGCUUGUGUAUGGGACGAGCGAGGAAGCCAGCAGCGAGCGGGGACGAAUUCACCUGCAGCACAUGCAAGCAUUGACGCUGAACGAUGACGGAUUGCGACUGCGCGUGCAAGUGCCAAAUCGCACAUUCGUUCUGCAAUGCCACCCCAAGCUGUCGGCCCACUCACUCGAAGACUGGCACGCCGCUUUGUCACAGCAGAUGCCUUCAUGAGAUGCGUCCGCGUUUGGUGUGGGUGCGUGUGCGUGUGUGUUUGUGCUUGCGUGCGUGUACGUGCGUGUGUGCGUGUGUGCGUGUGCGUGCGUGCGUGUGU